UCUUGCGACCAUGUUGUAAAGUUCUGCUGUGCAUGCUGAGGAAAGGGAGCAAUUUGUGUGAUUUUGCAUGGACGCUGUGGAUGGAUGGGACGUAGAUGACCACCUACUUCACUUGGUCACGGAAGCGAGAGAUCUGUAUCUGCCUGAUGAAGUACCUCGAAUUGAUGGGCCGCCAUCAUCUUUGGUGUUUCACCGUGACUGGGUCUGUCCCAACAAACCUGUCCUCUUCAAGGGAUGUAUUGAUCACUGGGGUGCCCUCUCCAAAUGGACUCCUGCCUACUUGAGGGAAAAGAUCGGUGACCAGACAGUGACUGUAGCAGUCACGCCUAAUGGGCUGGCAGACGCUGUCUACCAAGACAAGUUUGUCAUGCCCGAGGAGAGACUGAUGCAGUUUGCAUCUUUCCUCGAUAUAAUUGAAGGGAGGCUUCCAGGAGAGGCACAGCACGCUCAGGAACAAAGCGAGGUGUUUUAUGUCCAGAAACAGAACUCCAACCUACUGUCAGAAUUCAACGACAUCAUUGAUGAUGUGGAGACGGAACUGCCGUGGGCAUCAGAAGCAUUGGGUAAGCAGCCAGAUGCUGUCAACUUUUGGAUGGGUGAAGACAAAGCUAUAACUUCAAUGCACAAGGACCAUUAUGAGAACCUAUACUGUGUGAUAUCUGGAGAGAAGAACUUCAUUCUCCACCCACCGACCGAUCUGCCCUACAUACCUUAUGGUACCUACCCAGCUGCCCGUUACAAGGUAUCAGGUAAUGGCGACUUUGAUAUCAUUGAUGAGCCAGAGGUUGGCGAGGUGCCCUGGAUCCCACUGGAUCCUGUCCAGCCCGACUUGGUCAGGUGGCCCGAGUACGGCCACUCUCGACCCAUCCAUUGCACAGUGCGUGCAGGGGAGGUGCUGUACCUGCCUUCGUUGUGGUUUCAUCAUGUCCAACAGAAACAUGGCACCAUAGCAGUCAACUUCUGGUAUGACAUGGAGUACGACAUCAAAUACAGCUACUUCAAGUUCCUGGAGGGUAUGGUCCACUAUAACAAGCUGGCCUCAAAGAGGCAAUGUGCCACAGGGAAGUUUUUCAGGAGCAUUCAAAAUGCACAAGGUAGCACCCACCCCUGAAACUGGCACAGAAGAUCCCUGCUCCUGAAAAGUCAGGAACAGACAAUCAUAUCAAAUACAGCUACUUUAAGUUCCUGGAGGGUAUGGUCCACUAUAACAAGCUGACCUCAAAGAGGUGAUGCGCCGCAGGGAAGUUUUUCAGGAGCAUUCAAAAUGCACAAGGUAGCACCCACCCCUGAAACUGGCACAGAAGAUCCCUGCCCCUGAAAAGUGAGGAACAGACAAUCAUAAUAGUUUUGGUAUGGGGAGAGGCAGAUGUGAUGAAGUUAAAGUACUGUAGCACACUUACAUCUGUUGAUAUGAGGAGAGGUAGCUAGUGUGAUGAUGUUUGGGUCCUGCAGCAGACCUGUAUCUAUUGAUAUGAGGAGAGGCAGGUGUGAUGAUGUUUGGGUCCUGCAGCAGACCUGUAUCUAUUGAUAUGAGGAGAGGCAGGUGUGAUGAUGUUUGGGUCCUGCAGCAGACCUGUAUCUAUUGAUAUGAGGAGAGGCAGGUGUGAUGAUGUUUGGGUCCUGCAGCAGACCUGUAUCUAUUGAUAUGAGGAGAGGCAGGUGUGAUGAUGUUUGAGUCCUGCAGCAGACCUGCAUCUGUUGAUAUGAGGAGAGGCGGGUUCCAGAGAGAUUUUUUUAUGCUACCAGAAAAAAACUACCGCACGGCAGUGAGGUGGAUACUCACCGCUAUGACGUCACCUAGUCGAGUAUGAUUUCUACUUCGCAGACGCUAGGUGGAAUCGGCCAAUGACGGGCUUUGAUUUGCCAUGAAUGAGGUGAAGUAAUCACCGCGUCUGUAUCGGACUACCGGAAACUGAAUAAAGUAACUAUCAAGGACUCACACCCCCUCCCUCGUACUGAUGACACCCUCGAUGCCCUUUCAGGAUCAGUCUACUUUCCCACUGUUGAUCUAUCAAGUGGUUACUGGCAAGUUGCUGUUCACCCUGAUGAUAGGGAAAAGACCGCCUUUACAUCCGGUGACGGUCUUUAUCAAUUCAAAGUCAUGCCAAUGGGUCUAACCAAUGCACUCCUACUUUUCAAUGCCUCGUGGAAUUAGUCCUUCACUGGUACAUCUGCUUAGUCUAUAUAGAUGAUGUCAUAGUUGUCGGGAAAUCUUUCUCCGAUCACGUGCCAAACCUCGAGCAAGUUCUGUCUCGAUUUCGGAAAUUCCAUCUAAAGCUCAAACCAAGUAAAUGUCACUUUCUUCAACACACCCCGUCCAUGCCCAUGAACACUACUUCUGCUCUGGUCAAUGACUCGACCACCACGCAGUUGAAUCUUACUGCGUUAUGCACCAUUUUAGAUAUGGAUUGAGAUGUUAAGUCAGCCCAGCAAAAUGACCCCAACAUCCAGACAGCCAUUAUUCGGGUUACUUCUGAUAAUCGUCCACCUCAAUCGCACUUACGUAAGUUAUCACGGACCGAACGUCGCCUUUUGCUUGAUUUUCCCAAACUAGCUAUCAUUGAUGAAUUAUUGUGCCGUAAAUCCUGUCCGGUUAGUGGUAAACCGCGAAUAUGUCAAGUGAUCAUUCCUCCAUCCCUUCACUCCGCUGUACUAACCCCUCUCCAUGUCAAUAACCUCGCUGGUCAUUUCAGCCCCCAAGAGACCUACCAGCGUUCCCUCAACAUACACUAUUGACCAUAUAUUCGCAGUGACAUCAAACGCUAUUGUCGGACUUGCCGCGAAUACGAGUCCCGCCGAAACCCCGUUCCCCGCAACAUAGCUCCUGUGAAAGUAGCCAACUCGGAUAAACCCUUCCAGCGUAUUCUUACAGAUAUAACAGAAUUGCCUCUAACUUCUAAGAACAGCCGGUACAUACUUGUGGUCAUGGAUAUUAGUUCCCAAAAUACGUGAACUUGUUUCCUCUCCGUGAUCAGACUGUCCUAUCUGUUGCCAGACGUAUUUUUGAGAAAUAUGUCUGUGAGCAUGGUUUUCCAGAAACCCUUCACACUGACCAGGGCCAUCAAUUUGACAGUGCCCUCAUCCGUGCACUAUGUAAGUUAGCCGGUAUCAACAAAACUCGUACUUCCUCUUACCACCAUCAACCUGAUGGACUAGUUGAACGAUUCAAUCGUAACCUAAAAGAUCAGCUGGCAAAAUAUCUUCUCACCGUCACCCCCGGUAAAUGGGACGAUGUUCUACAUCAAGCACAGUUUGCCUACAAUUCCACUGUUCAUUCUUUCAUUGGGUUUCCCCAUUCUACCUUGCCUAAGGUAGGGAACCCCGUCUACCCGCUAACAUUAUAGUUGGCUCCCCUCUGGAUACAUAUGCAUCCCCCGUAUCUUACAACACCGGGCUCAAGUCCGCAUUCGAUCAAGCGGCAAAAGCUCAGGAACCAGCCAGCACAUCCCAGGAGGUUCAUUAUGAUAGCAAGGUCAAAUUUCGACCCUGUAAACCCGGCGAUCUAGUCUUGCACGAUGAUCCCGUACAUACUCGUGCUAAACUUGCCCCUCGGUGGAAAGGCCCAUUCAAGGUUCUUUCCCUCCACGCCUCCGAUGACCAACAUCCGGUAACUUACUCGAUCAUCGACCUAUGCGAUCCCCAUGCCAAGCCCAGGCGCCUACAUUACAAUCGAUUGAAGCCAUAUGUUUCACCCAUCCCACCUACAUGUAUUUAUCCUGUCACACUUGCCUCAGCGAAAACCAGUCCCACGCUACACUGCCCUUUCCGGUUCCCUUCCACCUCCGACCCCAUCAGUAACCCUCCCACCACCUAACUCAACCUCCAACCGAUCGUUGUCAGACCUUCCCCCAGUACUCCAUUCCACAUUCGCCCACAACUGGUUCGAAUUCAAGUGUACCCAUAACAAGUACACACACACGAAGUGGCCGAUUAAUUACUUGCCCUAGUUGUCUUGGUUUUACCAAGAUCUGUUACUAUAUUAGUAUCAACCUCUUUUUCAAGAUGCAGUUUCACAUUGAUUUGUUCCUUACUCCAUGACUGAAUUCAUCAUGUUCACUUCUUGUGUAUAAUUUUUACUCUGUUUUAUUAAUUUUCCUUGUCCUUGUUAAGUAGAGUAAGUUUUGUUUUGAUUAUAACAGCUUACAUUUAAGUGCUUUCCUGUUAGGGUUUUAUGAUAAUGACACUAUCUGCCAUUUGAGAUUAUUUUCUUUCCACAUGGUAUUCAGUGUAAUGACCCUUGAAUCUUCAUUUUACAUAUUAUGUUAAAGUAACUUUCUGUCUUUUCUUUCUGUAUUCUGCGAGAAGACUUCCACACAGUUGUUUUAUUAUUCCUUUUUAUUAAGGUUUUAAACUUUCCCAUUUAUUCAGGUUACAUUUCUUUUGUAUUAUUUCAAAAAUGAGGACAUUUUCUUUUUCAUAGAUGGAAGUAAUGUUAGCCCAGAAUUAGUCAUUUAGACAUUGGUCACUCACGUAUCCUUGAUCCUACUUCCGUUUAAUUUCUUGGUAAUUAAGAUCCUGAUGAAGUUCCUGUUUGUGAUAAAUUUUCAAGUACUGCCCCACCUCCCCAAGAUUCCUAGGCCAUAAUUUACAACUGCAAGCCUAACCACAGUUUCAGGAAGUUAUACCACCCAGCCUGCAUCCCACUCUAUAUAUUCACCCCUAAAAUGUUUCAUGCUAGUCAGUCCUCUCUCCGUCUUUAGCCCUGUCUUCCUCUCUAAUGUCCAAUGAUAUUAGUCCGUGUUUUCCUAAUAUAAUAAAACACCGUCGACCCAAGUUUGUAACCGUGCCAGUUCUCAACUUUAACUCAACUCUUUGUUGGGCCACGCUUAUAUCAACUUUUAUGGGACAAAUUUAAACCUUACAUCACUGUUUCACGAAUGUAGUGUACACUUUUGCAAUCUUCCUCAUCUGAGGAGUUGCAUUUCUGCUUUGUGAAGUUGUAAUGGAAGUGUCGCGAUCUUCAAGAUAGUUGCUAUACCUUGCAAAUCUUGGGAGACUCCUAUAAGAGGCCUUCCAGCUGUCUCUUUUGAAAAAGUUGGAUUCCUGCGAAAAGGGAGACAUACUUCCUAGAUGCCAAAAUGCCUCUUGAUCAUUUAAAUUCGUGUGCUUGCACUUUCUUUGCUUUACUCACAACGCCAUGUUUUCUUUCGAAGUGACAACGGCGAGGUUGUUCCUUGUUGCAGAAGUGAUGGUUUUGUUCUUUGCUUUCUAGUCGUCGUCAAGGUAAUUGGAUGAUCUUGUCUUUGUUCUGCUAAUACCACACUGUCUCUUCUUUUUGCUCUGAGCCACUCGCUGGCUUGGACCAAUCAGCAGAAGAAUCCCUUUUCAUCCAGAAAGUUUCUCUUGAUGCGAAGACAACAUUGGAUUGGAGGAGAUCGGUGAAUUAAUGGCUGCCAAUUUAUUAAAAAGGUUUCCGGUGUUUCAUUAAAAUAUUACAAGCACCUUUAACAGGUGAUUUCCUCAGCACAGUUCAUAUAUCCGUCUGGAGUUCCAUACAGCCAUUUAAAAAAAUGAAUACGUUGUAGCAUAACUAGUCACCAUGACAGAGGCUUAAAUGUGUUCUUGGACUCAGGAAAAAUGAAUCGAAUCUUGUAUAGUCGCCUCCGAAACUAUAUCUUAUAAAUCUGUGACAUUGCGUGUAAGGAGAUCAUGCAUUGGGUUGUUAAGGACAUGCUGACUGACUGUGGAAAGAACUUUAAAAUACUUUUUAUACUUGUGAUGAUUGGUCUUUCAGUUGGAUAAUUAUUGAAGACGGUCUGUUUAACUUGUUUGACUUAUCAUGAACUGAAUUUCGGCCAGUUGCGUUUUUGUUGCGUUAUGUUAUCUUUUGGGGUCUAUAACAAAUUGCUCUUUCAGUAAUACAUUUAAGUAUUAACUAAAAACAUUUCUUCUGACUUUUCAGAGUACGUAAUUCAGUCAUAUGUUAAAAGCUGUUUCAGCUGUUACUGAUUUUAUGUCUACCUUUGUUUAACCGUUAUUCAUGUAUAGGUUAGCAUUGGUAUCUGUAAUUAUUGAAAUUGAAAAUGUGUUGUGUUUGUCUUGUAAAUUUACUUUUACCGUUAUAGUCAGACUGUUAUUCUUAGAGUUUAUAAUAAGUGUAGUUUGUCUUGUUUUGUUUUGUUGGACACAUCUUCCACAAGCUUUGGCUUAUAGGAGGUUUCUUCCGCAGUGUGGAAAUAAAUCUUCUUGAAUUGAAAUUAACUUA